CGCAUUAACCGAAUUUAUUUUUUUAUUUCAAUCUGUUAGUGAGACACGAGUAAAAGAACUUUAUUUAUAACGACAAGAUAAUUUUUAAGUGUUAGGUGACCACUACAGUGUGUAUAUAUAUCUAAAUAUAUAUAUACAAAGUACCAGUAGUUUGUGCAAUUUUUUAUCUAAGCGAACGACUGACGUAUUAAAUUAGUAGAAGAAACCUAAAACGACAUCAAGAUGUUUAAAAAUCAUUUGGAUAUGAUCGGCAGGAACGAGACCGCCUCCAAGAAAGCCAAAUUCUGGCAGUCAUACGUCAGAUCCCUCAAGGGUUCAGACGACAUCCGCGCCCCCGAGAGCGCCUACAGGCCCCGCUCAGCCUUCAGGCCCCUAUCCUCCUUCCCCGAAUUCACAUCCACCUGGCCCCUGUCCCGCAGCAUCUACGACGACCCCUCCCACGCCGCCGAACGCAUCACCGUCCCAGGGUACCGCUACUUGCCAAUCCACCGCGAAACCUACGGCUACAGCCCCAGGGACCUGUACCCCCACAGAUACGACGGAUUGGACAGAUACAGACCCAAGGAAGUUUAACUGAAUCAGCUUGAGCCAGCUUGAAAAAAUAAUCCAGAUGCCAAAUUUUUACACAUUUGCACCAUCAUAUUUGCAACUAGAUCGUUUUGUUUAAAUAUAAUAAUCAACUAUUAUUAAUAGCCAAUUUGUUAACUAACAUAUUAUCAAUAGCAAUAGCGCAGGACAUGUUUGGAUUACUGGAUAAAAAACUGCCAAUAAAAUUUUAAAACAUUGUUCGAAUUAAUUAAAAUUGUCAAAAUUUA